AUGUCAACUCAGCCGGAAGGGCUGCCGUUGCUCUCGGCCCUUUGCCUAUUACCCAGUGGAGCAAAGAUCGAAUCGCUACCAGAGAUGAUCCCGUCGAUGGAACGGAACGUGACAGCGACGUCGUUGGUGCUACUGCGCACUGGACUCGCGUACCAAGAGAGCGGUCGAAUUCGAAUUCUUUCGCCGAUUCGCGAUUUCAUUCUAGCCCAGUAUCCUCCCAGUGAGAGGCAACUGAGAGAUGUUGGGGAAUUCGUCAUGCGGCUUGCGAAUCGAGCGCAUGAGUACGGAGACGAAAACAGCGCCGACAUGGUCCAGAUACUUACUGAAGAGUUCGCCAAUAUCAAUGCCGUCUUGUUACAUCUUUGGCGGACAAUACCGCUGGUUUUCACGUUAGACGUUUGCCGCAUGUCAAGUAUAUCCCUAGGCCAUUAUGCAGUGGCCACGGGAUAUGGCGACUACGGUCCGCUUCUUAGAACCAGCAUUGCCACGUUGCGAAGGUGGAGAGGCUCGGGAGGCAGCGGUAGCUUGACUAACAGUCAGGACACGGAUUCUGUGCACCGCACUCGGGAUGAGGCAAAGGGCAUUGCACAAUGCUUGCAGAUGCUCGGAGACAUCCUGCGUAAACAGUCGCGACUCAAGGAGGCGGCGGUAAUCGUGACAGAAGCGAGGACAGCUUUCGAGGCCAUCCCAGAUCGUCUCGGUGCAGCGCACUGCGCCCAGUCUCUCGCCGGCAUCCUUUGCCGGCAGUAUCGGUACGAGGAGGCAGCCGGUCUGCUCACGCAAGCGAGGGCGGCGUUUGAGGCCAUCCCAGAUCGUUUCGGUGCCACGCAAUGUGCCCGGGAUCUUGGCGACGUCCUUCGCAUGCAAUCUCGGUACGACGAAGCAGCUCUUCUGCUCACGGAAGCGAGGGCAGCGUUCGACGCCAUGCUACAUCGUCUCGGUGCGGCGCAAUGCCUAUGGGGUCUUGGCGACAUCCUUCGCAUGCAGUGUCGGUUCGAGGAGGCAGCUGUACGUCUGACGGAAGCGAGGGCAGCGUUCGACGCCAUCUCACAUCGUCUCGGUGCGGCAGAAUGCCUGUCAGGUCUUGGCAAUAUCCUUCGUAGUCAGUCGCAGUACGAAGAGGCAGCCGCUCUGCUCAUGGAAGCGAGGGCGGCGUUCGAGUCCAUCCCAUAUCGUUUCGGUGCAGCGCAAUGUGCCCAGGAUCUUGGUGACGUCCUUUGCAUGCUGGGUCGGUUCGAGGAAGCAGCUCUUGUGCUGACGGAAGCGAAGGCAGCGUUCGAGGCCAUCCCAUAUCGUCUCGGUGUGGCAGGAUGCCUGUCGGGUCUUGGGAACCUCCUUCGUAGUCAGUUGCGGUACGAGGAGGCAGUCGGUCUGCUCAUGGAAGCGAGGGCGGCGUUCGAGGCCAUCCCAGAUCGUUUUGGUGCCGCACAAUGCGCCCGGGAUCUUGGUGGCGCCCUUCGCAUGCAAUCUCGGUUCGAGGAGGCAGCUCUUGUGCUGACGGAGGCGAAGGCAGCGUUCGACGCCAUCCCACAUCGUCUCGGUGCGGCGCAGUGCCUGUGGGAUCUUGGCACCAUCUUUCGCACACAGUCGCGGUACGAGGAGGCAGUCACCCUGCUCACGGAAGCUAGGGCGGUGUUCGACGCCAUUCCCGGCCAAUCCGGUGCUGCCAUGUGUAUAUAUGCUCUCGCUAAUAUACUGGUCGAUCAGUCUCAGUACACCGAAGUGUCGAGUAUGCUACAAGAAGCUGAGGAGGUCUUUCAACACCUUGGAGCCAAAUGGGAGUUGGCAAGCUGCAGGCAGUCCCUAGCACGUCUUUUCGUGAAACAGGGCCAGAUACCGGAGGCUAGACACAUGCUAUACCACGCGAGGGAGAUAUUCGAGGGCAUGGGGCUCAUCCCCGGGUGGCAGAGUGCACUACAACACUGGCGAAGUUACACACAGACGCCGAGAAGGCGAUACUUCAGCGUACUGUCUGUUUGA